AUGGCCUCUACUUUGAAGAGUAUUUUAGAUGCCCUCAAAGAUGGUACGGCCACUGCACGGAAAGAAGCUCUUCAAGAGUUUCGGACCGCAGUCUUCGCGGACAGGGAUCUUCUCCCGUACCUGACAAGGCAAAAAAGCAACGACAAGCACGCAUACAAGGAUUGGCUAUCUAUUGUCCAAGCUCUCCUCGCGUCCGUCCAAGCGGAUAAGCCGCUGCUUAGGCAGAAGAUUGCACAGGGAAGGACUGUGCCCGCCACUGUGACUUCGAGGUUCACAACGGCAGUUGGGACUGUACGGUGGAUCGUCGAGGAGUACUACGAAUACUUCAGCAAGUCAGUUCUCGACUCAUUGCUCGAUCAUAUCACAUCAACGUUACUCGAUCGCCGAUUGUUCGACUACGUCUCGCUCGACUACUUCAAGACCAUCAAGUCUCUUUUGCUGCACCAGCCGCACCUCGACCAUUUGGACGGCCUUAGAUGGACGAAUUUGGUGGAGAUAUGUUUCAACGUUAUACUGGACCUCGAUCUUAGGACACCCCUCACAGAGGUAGACGAGGAUUCGGAGGACGAACAAGCCACACCGUCCCGGAAAGGUACCCCAUUGGACAGCGACGACGACGACGCACCUUCGCCAGGAACAUUUGCUCAGAAGCGUCGGAGGAAUGACAAGGAUGUCCUACCCCAGCCCACUAUGAAGAGGGCUGGCAGAACCCGCCGACAAGGACAAAUCCCAGUCAAACCAGCACAGGUUGAAUGUGCUAUCAUAUUGUCCCUUCUCCUCUGUUCCCACAACAACCCUAUGAGCUCUCCUUCGACAAAAAUCGACGACAACAGCACUCCGGAGAACAGGAUCGCACGAGACCGGGGAAUACUGAACCGCCUUCGACAAUUUUUGAAGAAAUAUCCCUCGGAAUCUUCGCUCUUGCACGAUUUCCUGAGCUGUGUCGAAGGUACUCUCGACGCAUUGGCUCUAAACCGGGUUCGCGACGUCGCUCUCUUCGCCCGUGAAACGUGGGACGGAUUUGUAGGUCUUUGGGGCGUGAAGGACAAGAGACUGAAGGAGAAAAUAUUGAUCGUCCUUCGAGCCCUAUUUCCCUUUAUCUUAGUAGAGGAACCGGUCUUUCAGGAAGGGACGAGGAAUGGAACCUUGAAUCUCGUGGAAGGAUUACAGAAGCUGUGGGCGACUUUAUCUGGAGAAGCAGAUAGCCGCUGGGGCACGAAUGGAUUAAAACUGAGCACUCUCCGCCUUCAAAUCAUCCGAGCAGGAGACCCUCGGAACGAUACAAGCAAUCCCUUCAUCGCCAGCACCUUCAGGUCCGGCUGGGACUUCGACAUUGACCAAGCUUUGGCAUGGGGGAUCCUCGAAUUACAGGCAGAUGUUGCUAAACAAUUAUUCAUGUUUGCAGAAUCGAUGCAUCCCGCCACGCCCUGCACGAGUCAAAGAAAGGACAAAAGAUUCAGGCUACAGAAUCCCGUUUCAACGCUUCUCCACAACAUCGAAACUCAGAUCCUGACCGUCCCUCGCUGCUAUCAUCUCCAAGUUUUGCUUUUCUUCGUGGAUCGACAUUGGUCAAUUGUCCACGACACCCUCAAACGGCAGAUCAUGGACACCCUGAUUCAGGUUCAAAACCUCGAAGACCCUGACGUCCAGUCUUGGAUCCUCCUCAACUACGCUGCGAUCGCCUACGCAGAAAGCCAUUGGGCAGGGGCAAACGUCGACGCUCUAAUAUCAUCUCAAGCGCCCGAUGUACUUGAUGCGAAGGUCUGGGAUACCAUCUUGCAGUCUGUCGUCCGUCGUAUAAACACCGCGGCCGUCUGCAGAGCAGCUAGCCAUGCAACACACUCUCUACUUAUCUCCCUAUAUCGAUAUACACCACCAUCCGGGCAUAUCUUCCUCUCAUCCCCCCGAGUCCUACAGGAGAUCGAAAUCAUCUGCAAGGACAUCAAUAUCGAGGGGCCUCAUGCUCCUUACGACUCAGUUUGCAUGCUACUUAUCGAAUGCCUCAAGAUCGCUUCCCAAGACGUACGCCUCUACCGACUGCAUAUGGAAGACAAAGUCCUGGAGUGGCUGAAGAAUUCGUGGGUCAUCACUGGAUACGAGAAGACAGCAGGUCCACACCCCGUUAACGACCUGAUCCUCUUGUUGGCCACCAUCUGUGGUAUCAGCAAGCCUAUUGGCCUUGUCAUUCGAACAUCAUUACCUUCAUGCCCUAUCGUCACCGCCAUGCAGAAGGAGUCGCAGCUUCAGAGCAUACGCAAUUUCAUGCUUUACGCUCAACUACCGUCAUACAAACCAAGUGAACAGUCCAAAAGUGUAUCGUUCCCAACCUCAGUCGAACCAGGCGUCGAACCGGCCGACAUCAGCCCACUGUCUUCUUCUAGACGGUCACCCAAUGCCCGAGAAGGCAGGGUCUUGUCCUUCUUGGAAAGAAUGAUAAAAGCGCUCAAAUUGCACUGGCAGUCCACUCCUAAUCCCACCAUUGAAGUCGCUCGGCGAACGUUGGACUUUGCGGUCAUUGCGAUCGUCUUCCAGACAAUGCUAUCGGUUAAUUCAGUCAUAACGGGGAAAGAAGUUCUCAAAGUCGGAGCCGAGGUGUUGAACCUUGUCGUAAACCCUUCAGCCAUGGGCCCAAACGGUAAUGCAAAAUGGACUUUGGCAGAGAGGGCAACCUUAUGCGAGGGAUUGGAGCCCUUGGUGUGGACAUCUGAUCCGCCUGUCGAGACUGGCUGGGAAGCGGUAGCGCAGCCUGAUUUCUCACGUGAUGGUGUUACGAGGAAGGAGCGCAGUUUGCCUAGCGUCACCGACGCUAAGGAAGAGUUGAGAAGGAAUAUACUGCGAGCGAUAUGGAGCAACAGCGAAAAGGAAGGGUUCGUGGGGUUACUGGGUUAUAUACGGAGUCAAGUCGCGGAUGCCAGUAUCUUGGAUAACCCAACCACACUGGCCAUGGACGCUGAUGACGGAGGGGCUUGGGCUGUGAGGACGAGCGAAACGUCGACUUCGAAGUUACCUGGAGAAAAGAACCAAGAGCUGUGUCGGUUGGUCGAAGGACAACUCAUUUUUACGAUCCGCGUCGCUGCGCUCAGCUCGCUUUUGGGUGACUCGAGCGACGUAAAGGAUUUCCAGCAGUUCUUAAACGGCCUUCUCAACUCCGUCGAGGAGAGUGCGCCGUGGUGCCUUCUGGUCGUUCCAAUCCUCCUUCGCGAGAUCGACAUCGGCUCUCUGAAGGUCAACGAGGAUAUAGCUUUAUCUCUUUUGAACGCCAUCGCCCGUUGCCUUAAGACCUACAACCACAGCUACAACACGGAAAUGCGGUGUUUGGCCACCAGGGCCCUCGCCUCCACCUUCGACCUUUGGCUCACCUCUCAGACGCAGCAUGUCUCCCCAAAGGCCGCGCAAUUGUGUAGCUGGAUUGCGACUAGCCUUGGAAACAGUCGUUUUGACAGCUGGGUAAUGAGAGAUGCGUGUGUGCAAUUCCUCUGUCGAUAUCUCUCCGUAAGCGGGAGGCGAUCUUCGUGGCCCUUCAAAGGGACAGGCGAGGAGCCAACGCCGACCUCUAUCUUAGAGAAGUUAACAACGGAUCCCGAUGUCCGCGUUCGUUUCCGAGUUGCCACCGCCAUUCCAAUGCUUUUCGCAGUUUCACGAACGGACAAUCACAAAUUACCCAGCCUUUACAACGAGAUGAAGGAUGCCUUCUCCGCCGAUGUGGACCACCAUUGUCAAGUCCUCCAAAAGGACAUUGAAACUGGUAUCGACCAAUGCUUCGGCGACAUUGUCGGCUUUCAUGUUGUCGUAUAUUUCUUCGAGCAUGACAACCCCAAUGAAGCCGCGAUGGUUGGAGGCCUGGCAACACUUUUGGGAAGGGAAGAGGACAAGCUCAGAAGCGAUUUUUCGGCUCACGCGGACGCCAUCAUCGCGUCAAUGCUCAGGACGAUGGGGGACCAAGACUACACAGACAACGGCAAGAUUAUUCCCGCACUUGAAUCAGUCACUGGAAGCGACAACCUCCAGGAAGACAGCAAACAUGUCGCAGUGUUCAGGGUUCUAACACGUUACCGCGGCUUGGAAACCUUCACACCACACGAACCCAACUCUCCAGCACUUCCGACGAGUUGCAUCCUUCGAGGCUUGGCAUGGAUGGAAACCGUUCCGCAAGCUUGCAGAAAGGCCACGACGUAUCAUGUUAUUCACGAACUAUUUGCCAGCAUCGAAGAUACCCCUUUGGUCAACGAAAAGCUGCGACUUGUCAAUGCCCUUUGUCUAUGGAUCGCGUAUCGGCACCAAGACUUCAACGACGUCAUACUUUUAUACGCAGUCCUACAUGGCGCUUCGGCCUUGCUCCGUCAAGAAGUCCUGGCUAGGGCCGCCCAGUCUAUCUUACAGUGGACAUUUCGCUGCUAUCACAAGUUCAAGGCGGCAGAUUCACGGCUUUCUCGCAUACUCAUCCGUCUCUCCUCCAUCUGCCACGACUAUGCGGCGCAAGUCCACGAUCCAGCAGCGGUUCGUCUCGGAGAAGACCUUCUCCAAUGGUUCGACGCUCAGAUGGUCAAGCUCAGCACUGUCCCUGUGCUCCUCGAUGUCAUCUGUAAAGCAAUGCCAGCCUGGGCGCACCGACCUUCAGCCGCGUUAGCGACUGUGCAGAAGGCCGUCACGGUAGAACAUCUGUCUGCAAUUCUCCGAGACGGUCACAUCAGCUCGAACAAAUUCAGGGUUGUUCGACGGUUAGCAGAGGAACCUUUCCACAACGAAAUCCAGUUCCCAUCUAAGGCCUUUUGGCGGUUGAAGGAGAGUCUGCCGCCGACGGACAAAAUCCAAGUAGAGGACAUUGCAGCGUUCACUGACCUUCUCAUUGCACAUCAUGGCCAGAUAGAUAGCCUCAAUCCCGAAAAACCGUCACUGAGCACCAUUCGCAACCGACACCGACAACUUUGGGAAGUCCCCGACAGAAAGGGGGAAAGAUCACGCAAAGACUGGCUCGUCAUGGCUAAAGAAUCCAUUCUAUAUGGGCUUCUGGCGCUACUCGAACACGAAUCCUCUUCCCUCGUUCAUAACGCAUACAAUACCUUGCGUCUCAUGAUGAAGGAGUUGCCGGGAGGUCUCUCUGCAGAGAAACUCUGGUCACGAGAGUACCUGGAAGAGCUCCAACUACUGCGACAUUACCCUCGACUCUCCUCCAAGCGGCCUGUUCGAUCCCUCUCACUUCUCCAGGAAUCUGACCAUUACGUCGAAAUGUCCUCCAAAUUCUCCGACUGGGUCAAAUACGUAUCCGUUCUAAUCAGCGACAUAUUGUCUUCUCGAGAUCCUACAUAUGGUCAGCUCUAUUCGAUACUUUCGACCGACGUAUCAACGGCCGAGGAGAUGUUCCCGGUAUUGGUAUAUGCUCUCCUGCAAGGGGAGAAAAUAUCACCGCAAGAGGGCCCGUCACCUAGAGCACUCCUCUCGCAUCAUUUCACAAAAGUUCUCCAAUAUCCCAACGCUGGCCUCCAAUGCGUUCAACUCAUCGUGGAUGCCGUUCUUCACUUACGAUUUUUCCAUCCCGGAAAAGGCGACAAACUCGCAUACAACAAAUGGCUCGAUCUCGAUUACUAUCUUCUAGCGCAGAGUGCUGUUCGAUGUGGUGCCUACACGACAGCGCUUCUAUUUUUGGAGAUUGCCCCAGAGAUCCACGAUAGCUCGAAGCUUGACAGGAAGAUCGUGGAGGAGAUCCAGUACGAGAUUUAUGCUCACGUUGACGAACCAGAUGGAUUCUAUGGAAUCCAGACAGAUAACCUUCACAGAUUCCUGAUAGAACGCUUCCGACACGAAAAACAAUGGGACAAAGCGUUCCGUUUCCACGGUGCAGCUUUGGAAGCCGGGAGUGAAGGUGCUGGCGUAGGCAAUGUUGAAGGCAUCGCACAAUCUUUCCAUUCUUUCGGCUUCAAUCACCUUGCCAUCGGUACUCUUCAGACUUCCGAAGAGACAUUUGGAAGCAGAAACCUUUCACCCGGCCUCGCAUAUCAACUCGGCUGGCGAUCAGCAACCUGGGACCUUCCCGAGAGCGAUACAUACACGCCUGGAGCAUCCCUCUACCAUGUCCUCCGUUGCCUUCAUCGGGAGAUGGACCUGAACGCCUUGGAUGCUUCUAUCCAAUCUGCUCUCUAUAAGGAGAUGGAUCAACUGCGCAAAUUGGGCACUGAAAGCGUUACUCAGAUUCGGGAGGUCCUGCAGGCAUUAAUGUCUCUCCAUCAAAUCUCGCUUUGGAAAUCGAGGGACCUCCAGGACAAUCUCAGUUCCAAGGCCAUCGACUUCGACAAAUGGAAGGAUUUCUUGUCCAUAUCUGAUCACUUCGGAUUCUCCGAUGUCGAGAACAUCAUGUCUGUGCGAUUAUCCCUCAUCCGCUCCAACCGCCAGGAAGAAGAAAAAACGAAUCAAAUUGGAUCGAUAGCAAGCCCCUUUCUCACAGCCUUGGUCGAGAUCGAGAAAAGAUGUUUGAUCCUGCUCUCCAGAGCUGCCAGGGACUCCGACCAGACUCAAAUCGCACUCAACGCGGUGCUUCAGGCGCAAAAGCUCGAGAAAACCCCAUCCUUGGAGGUCUCCCAAGAAUACGCGAACGUUCUCUGGUCCCUCGGCGAGGCGAAAAUAGCAGUCAAAUUCUUGAGUGACUUGCUGAUGAAGCCUGCUUCCUCAUCCCUCCCGGCCCCGUCCAAGGCAGAACUCUAUUCUCGACUUGGAACUUGGAUAUCUGAAGCAUAUCUCGAAAAGCCGACAGAUAUAAAGACCAAAUACUUCGACCCUGCAAUCAACCUGCUGUUACAAGCGGCAGUAUCAUACAAUUCUGAAAUCUGGAGAUUCGGUACGAUGGAAAGUAGCAUGCGUCCCAACGAGGAACGCUAUAAAAUCGCCAGUCGAGCCCAACAUACAGCCAAAAAACUUCUUGAAGCAGACAAAGCGCUUGCCGAAAGCCACGAAUCCACCCAAAAGAAAUUCCUUCUGCAGGCAUUGAAGAUGUAUUCCCGGUGUUUGCAAGUGACGAACAAAUAUGACACAGAAGCGUCGAUCAAGUUUGCUUCCCUUUGGCUCAGCAACUUCGAUGAAGACCAGGGUCCCGAGAUCGUUGAAGCAAUUGGGGAGGCACUGGAGAAGAUACCCUCACAUAAAUUCGUGUUCUUAGCGCAUCAACUAUCCGCCCGUAUUACCAAGUCGCCGUCUCAGCAAACCAAAAAUCAAACUGAUCUACAGCGCUUAAUCCUACGACUUUGUCUAGAGCACCCAUUCCACAGCGUCUAUCAAGUAUACUCUUUACAGGCAGAUGACGACUUGUCGACUCUCGGGUCGCAAAAGGAGCGCCGCCAAUCGACACGGUCUCAAGCGGCGACUUUGGGGUCGCAAGUUGAAAGUCAAAUCGAACGCAGCGAGGCGGCCCAAGACGUUUUGUACCGACUCGAGCAAGGAGAAAGCAGGCAGCGGAUCGAAGCCAUGAAAUUGGCUUGCAAGGCGUAUCGCGCAUGGGCGCGGCAGCCCUUACCUAAGGACAAAAUGAGGGUCGGUGUGCAGCUCGCUAUUCCCCCCAGCCAGCCCAUCCUAGGACUCCCUAGGAUGGAUGGCCUCGUCCCCGUCCUCACAGCAGACACCCCGAUCGAUCCAACUUUGAAGUACGAAAAUUGCGUUUGGAUCCACAAAUACGAAAACGUAUUCGAGACGGCUGGAGGAGUGAACUGCCCCAAGAUAUCCUGGUGUUACGGAACCGAUGGGGUGCGGUACAAGCAGCUGUUUAAAGGGAACGACGACAUGCGACAGGAUGCCGUGAUGGAACAGGUUUUCGAACUCGUGAAUAGGAUCUUGGUCAAGGAUCGCGAGACUUCCCGGAGAUCACUGCGAGUUCGAUCCUACAAGGUUGUUCCGCUUGGGAAACAAGCCGGUGUGCUCGAAUUCGUGAGCAAUACUUCUCCACUUCGCAACUGGCUAGAAGCCGGACAUCCAAUUUAUCGACCUGGGGAUAUUAGCCCAAAGGAAGCCCGGUCAAAGCUUUAUGCUGCUUCUUCAAGAUCGGAGGAAGAUAGAAUCAAGGCUUACAACGAAGUCUGUGCUGUUUUCAAGCCGGUGUUCCGCCACAUCUUCACUGAAAAGCAUCGCAAUCCCCGGGCAUGGUUCGCCACCCGACUGCGUUACACUCGGAGCGUCGCAGCUAGCUCAAUCGUUGGACACAUCCUUGGCCUCGGUGACCGUCACACUUCCAACAUCCUCCUGGACAAUACGACCGGAGAAGUCGUCCACAUCGAUCUCGGCAUUGCUUUCGACCAGGGUAAACUACUCACCAUCCCAGAGCUGGUUCCGUUCCGCCUAACACGGGACAUGGUGGACGGAAUGGGCAUUUCAGGAACCCAGGGGGUGUUCCAAAGAUGCGCAGAAGAGACCCUUCGCGUCCUGAGAGACGGGUCGGAUAUUAUCAUGACCGUGCUCGAAGUGUUCAAGCACGAUCCCCUGCAUUCAUGGACGGCGAGUGAGAUCAAGAUCAAGCGCGUUCAGCAACCAGAGGCACCACCAACGACGCCCGCCUCAGAAGCAGGAGCCAACCAGCCGAAGAUCUUGCCCAGUCGUUUCGAGCUGGGCGGUCUGGGCAUCGACAUGACCAGUGGUACCGCCGAAGAAGCUGCCGAUCGCGCGCUGAGCUCAGUCGCUCGCAAACUCGACAAAUCGCUCAGCGUCGAAUCAACGGUUAACGAACUGAUCGCCAUUGCGACGGACCCUACCAACUUGGGAAAGAUCUUCUAUGGAUGGGCUCCUCAUAUGUAA